CACGAACUCACCUCGGCUUCCUGAGAAUAUCCGUGGACAAACAAAAAUUGAAUCUCGGCUUCCUGAACAUCUGAGUGGCUCAAUUCAACAUGUCCACACAACGUCGCCACCCCAAGACUCGUGCAGGUUGCGUACCUUGUAAGCAAAGGAGGAUCAAGUGUGAUGAGACAACACCAUCUUGCCGGCAUUGUCAACGACGAAAACUCACCUGCUCAUUCCUGCGUUAUGUCCCUUUGAAACCACGACCUCACUCACCUUCACCCACAAGCCCGCCCAACAACGCACUCCUCGGUCUCCCGCUCCAAUUCAAAAUCCUCGACCUGGAACUUCUCCAUUUCUACACCACCACGACCAGCCUCGAACUCCUUGGUCCUCAUAUGACCGGCACUCCCAUCUGGCGAACGUCCGUCGUCACGAUUUCUUUCGCAUUCCCAUUCCUCCUUCAUGGUCUAUUCUCCCUCUCGGCACUUCACCUUGUCUACCUAUACUCCAACACCAACCCCGAUCUCGCGCAGAAAUACAACAAUAUCGCUACUUUGCACCAUCUGAAAUGUAUCGCCGACUACCGGCUGGAGAUCCAAAAUUUGAGACCGGAGAAUUCAGAUGCUUGUUGUGCGUGUGCAUCCUUACUCGCUGUUCAUGCUUGGUACAGACGGGGCAGUCGAGGGGCCGAUUUAUUCUUCGCGGAUGAAGGGUUGUCUUGGUAUAAAUUGCAUCGAGGGGGAGCUGAAAUUCUGCAGUCUGCAAUUUCCUGGGUCCAAAAAGGGGCACUGAGCAGUAUGAUUCGACCCUUGAUGGUUUUGGAGUCCAUGUUUCCGGUUCCCAGUACGUCAUUGGUGUUGGUUGACAUCGGUGAUGAUAUCGACAAGCUCAAUGCGAUUUCCAGCUGUUGGGGAUUUUUUGAGGAGAAGGACACGCUUGACAGUACGCUUCAGACAUUGAGAUUUGCGUUCAAUCUCACUUCGCACCUUUCGUCCAAAUCUGGAACCGAGUUGAAAGGCAGUAUUAGCUCCUGUAUUGCAACUUUGUCCUGGAUGACUCUUGUUCCGCUGAGGUUCUGUGAGAUGGUCGAGGAGAAAUGUCCACAAGCUUUGAUUCUUGUUGCUGUCUAUUGUAUAUUAUUGAAACGAAUUGAGGGGUUUUGGUGGAUUGAAGGGAAGGCUGAGAGUUUAUUGGAGGCUGUAGAAGGUGAAUUGGGCGAUGGCUGGCAAGCAUGGUUGGAAUGGCCGAGGAGAGAGGUUGAGACUGGUGCGCACACACCUUGGAAAUAGAACUUGUAGAUUAUCUCGGUGUACCUCUCGAAGUAUGACUCGUCUUCUGAGCCUAUAUACAAAAAGAAUUCGACGAAAACUCUUCAUCUGGAUGUCCCUUUCAAGCGACAUCCGAAGUCAAAUAUAAGAGGCAUGCUCAAUCUCGCAACUUUUCCAAGUCCUCAUCAGGAUACUUUGUGCGUCAUGGUGAAGCGUUGACUUUUGGCUCUCGAAACUUGGUUGGCAGAAAUACACACACUUAAUGUGAUCGCAGCGUGAUAUGGCA